AUGUCGUCAGCUAUACGAGUAGGAAUUAUUGGUGGAUCAGGUUUUGAUCGAAGUGAUAUUUUAACAAAUCGUGUUGAACAUGAAAAUAUUGAAACACCAUAUGGAAAACCAUCGGAUAAUUUAGUUAGUGGAACUAUUAAUGGUGUUCAAUGUGUUUUAUGUUUCCGUCAUGGACGUCAUCAUUCAUUUAAUCCUUCUCGAUUGAAUUAUCGAGCAAAUCUUUGGGCUUUAAAACAACUUGGUGUCAAUGUUAUUUUAGCUACUACAGCUGUUGGUUCGAUAUCACCUGAUUUUAUACGUGGUACUCUUGUUGUUUUUGAUAAUUUCGUUGAUACAACAAAAUUUCGACCAAAUACAUUUUAUGAUCAUGAACCAGGUCAUCUACAAGGUGUUAUGCAUAUGAGUAUGCAUCCACCAUAUGAUCGGGAAUUACGUCAAUUAUUACUUCAAUCAUGUGCUGAAACACCUGAUGUUGCAUUUAAAGAUAAAUCAACUGUUGUUGUUAUUGAAGGUCCACAAUUUUCUACUUAUGCUGAAAAUAAAGUAUACAUGAGUUGGGGUUGUACAACUAUUGGUAUGACACAAGCACCGGAAACAGUUCUUGCUAAAGAAUUAGGCAUACCAUAUGCAGCACUUGGUAUUGUAACUGAUGAUAUCUGUUGGAAAGAAGAUGGUAUUGUUGAUCCAAAUGAAGUUAUAACAAUCUUUAAAGCAACAUUUCCAAAAGCAAUGGAAGUUCUUAGACGUACAAUAACAAAAAUUGGUGAAAAAGAUUGGACAGAAAUCUUAGAAACAAUUCGAAAUCGAACUGAAGAAGCUGUCAUGAAGCAUUAA